GCCAUGAGCGCGGCCGGGCUGGUGUCCGCUCCCCCCGCCGCCCCGCCGGGGCCGCCCGCCCCCGCCAUGGCCCCCGCGCCCGACUACUACGAGGAGGAGGAGCUGGAGAGCGCCGAGGAGGAGGACGGCGAGCGCAGCGCCCGGGCCCGCGACUCCGAUGAGGACACCGAGGAUGCCAGUGAGACUGACCUGGCCAAGCACGACGAGGAGGACUUUGUAGAAAUGAAAGAACAGAUGUAUCAGGACAAACUGGCAUCUCUGAAGAGGCAGUUGCAGCAAUUGCAGGAAGGUACUCUUCAGGAAUACCAGAAAAGAAUGAAGAAGUUGGACCAGCAGUACAAAGAAAGGAUACGAAAUGCAGAACUGUUCCUGCAGCUGGAAACAGAUCAGGUGGAGAAAAAUUAUGUGAAGGAAAAGAAGGCAGCAGCAAAGGAGUUUGAAGAUAAGAAAAUUGAGCUUAAGGAAAAUCUGAUUGCGGAGCUGGAAGAGAAGAAGAAGAUGAUUGAGAAUGAAAAGCUAACCAUGGAAUUAACAGGGGAUUCAAUGGAAGUGAAGCCUAUUAUGACAAGGAAACUGAGGCGACGACCAAAUGAUCCAGUUCCCAUCCCGGACAAGAGGAGGAAACCUGCCCCUGCUCAGCUAAAUUAUUUGUUGACUGAUGAGCAAAUAAUGGAGGACCUGAGAACGCUGAAUAAGCUUAAAUCACCCAAGAGACCAGCUUCCCCCUCCUCUCCUGAACACCUCCCAGCUACACCAGCAGAGUCUCCUGCACAGCGGUUUGAAGCCCGGAUAGAAGAUGGAAAACUCUACUACGAUAAGAGAUGGUACCACAAGAGCCAGGCUAUUUACCUGGAGUCUAAAGACAACACGAAGAUCAGCUGUGUGAUCAGCUCUGUGGGCGCCAACGAGGUGAUCUGGGUGAGGAAAACCAGCGACAGCACAAAGAUGAGGAUCUACCUGGGGCAGCUGCAGCGAGGCGUGUUCGUGAUCCGCCGGCGAUCGGCUGCGUGAGCGGGAGCUCCUCCCUGGGCCUUUUUUUUUUGGUUUUUUUAACUGAUCACCAAACCUCUGCUGAGGGGUGUCAGGCUGCUCGCUCUUCCCAGCAGCACAGAACAAUGUCAUGACCUCUGAUGAGGCCGUUUGUGGCUGGCCACAUGAUCCCCAGUAGUCCUUAAAUCUUUAGCGAUGCCCAAGCACUGCCCUGGACUCUUUCUGGAUUUUUGCAUCAAGCUUCUGUAGGCUCUCUUUGUAUUUGGGGUGACUGCUUAACAAGACUUUGCAUCAUACUUUUGUCAUCAUCGUUCUGUGGUGCACAGAUGGGACUCGUAUGUCAAAA